AUGCAAUCUGCCCGUCAUAUACGUGGACGUGGUAUAGUUCGAUGUCGGCGUAAACAGUAUCAGGGAGUACGCAUGGCUGCACAGUUUCUUAUGCCACUCUUAACUAAUUCCCAGUUGUUAACUCCCUCUUCAACAUGUUCCUACCAACGGCGCGAGAAAAUACUGGAUGCACUAAUGGGUGUACCGUCUUCAUUGGGGCAUGAGGGACCUCUUAACUAUACACAUUUAACUGCCUUCAUGUCCCUCCAAAUGGGAGAAUUGUUGGACAUGCUUGAGGGUCCAUAUAUGGAAGCAGUUGCACCACCUCCUUCAACACACGUAGCCGAGAUGUGGUCUUCAUCAUUGCAGGAAUGUUAUAUCCAUGCGGUACUUCAUGAACGCUCAGUGGAGAGCGCGAGUGAGGAAAAAAAAACGCGACCUCUCCGAUAUGAGGCUGGAUUAGUUGCCCAGAACUUAUUUGCUGAUACACUGUACGGCAUAAAUACUAAUAAAAAUUUUCUUUCUUCUGGGGGUGGUACCGGUGAAACUACGAGAAGGAAAGAGACGUGUGAAUCUCGGCUAACAUCAUGUAAAACACUUCAUUUAACUCAUAGGUGGCGCCAACUAAUUGACGAGUACACAUUAAUGCUUCCUGAUCGCUCUCCAUUACAUGAAUUGGAAAAUCUUCCACAAGAAGUGGGUAUAGGUGAGUUACUAUCCUCUCUGUUCACCUCUUUUGACGAGGGCGAGAGUGAAAUAAAAACUAUUGUAGAUGUAGGCGGUGGUAACGGCUUCCUCGCGGCACAGUUGGCAGACCGCUUAAAGUGUGAAAGCAUUGUGGUUGAUCCCUUUACGCCAAAACAUUCCAUUGAUAAUGAAGAUUUCCCACAUUGGGUAAAUUCACCGAGACAGCGACCGCGCACUUUUCGUCGCUACCCACUUCGUCGCAUUCCGCUACGCCUCCCUGAAGUGGACUGGAACAGUACAAAUGUCAACUUUGAUAGAUGUGCUUUAGUAGCAAAGCACCUCUGCGGUACUGCUAUCGAUGAGUGUUUGCGUCACCUACAGGAUCUUGGAAAACUUCCACGUGUAGUGGUGGUUGUCCCAUGCUGUUACAAUAAAGGAUGUUACGAUCAAUACUGCAACGUCAAAUACCUUAGCAACACCGCCAACAUUAGCAAUACAGAUAUGUGGAACCGAUGGACACCUCUAUCGGAUUGGAAUUACUCAUGUAACCAAUGCAACAUUAAUUAUAAUUCCAGUACAUUAUCAUGUAGAACACAUAUGAAGGAACACACAUCUUGGAAAAAAAUGAAAAAUAUCUUGCCUUGCAUGGAUGAGAUCGCCUCAGUGAUUGCGGCAAUUGUCAACUAUGGACGUGUAUUAUGGCUCCAAAACGCAGGAUACAAGGCAUACACCGUUCAAUAUGUCCCUCGCUGUGUAACUCCGAAAAACUGCGCCAUUGUAGCAGUACGCCAGUGUUAG